AUGGCGACGUGGGAGAUUGAGAGUCAGUAUUGUAAUGGGACGUGUAAGGGGUAUGUGCCGACGAUUGGGAUUAUGGGCGAGGAGUGCACGCAGACGAGGGAUCCGAUGGAUGUGCAGAAGGCGGCGGAUCGAGGGGACUUUGUGUUUGCGAUUAAUUUCACGGCGUAUGAGCAGGGCGGGGUGCCGACGUUGGAGUUGGCUGUGAAGGGGUUGACGGAGGUCGAUAGGAAUUGUAUGGGUGUCUUUGUGACGAAUACUUGUAAGAUCCAUGUUGGGUUGGUGGGAUAUCCGGUUGUGAUUGAGGGGACGAAUAUGACUUUCGAUACGGAUCGUGAUCGGUUGUAUUUGUCGCAACCGAUGACUUUCGAGGGUGAUUUGAUGUCGGCAGCACCUGGAAGUAACGCGGGCCCUCUUGGUGCGCUUCGUUGGUUUGGAAAUUCAUACUUCAAGGCGAAUGCGACGAUUGGUUUUGAUGCUGCGAGCAAUAGCUAUGUCGCUGAGCCGGUUGGAACCAUGGCGCAGCAGUAUUACAACACCAAUGCUUCUACUGACGAGUAUAUUGAUUGCAGGUUUGAGUGGACUGAUCCAACAGCCGAUAUCAUUCAAGCUUUCAGUCAUGUCUUGUUCCGCGCCAUCUACUACGGAUCUUCAAACGAUACCCGUCAACAGUUUCCUGCGACUCAACUCCGGCCAACUUUGGUAUACGAAUCAAACUUUUUGUAUCUUGAGAUUGGAUCGGCUCUACUCUUCCUCGCAGUUCUGGCUGUCUCGUCAACUCUUUGGGGUUGGUGGGAACUUGGUCGACAUGUGUCUCUCAGUCCUUUGGAGACGGGCAAAGCAUUGGGUCUUUUGCAUUUUCCUGAGAAUUCCGUUGUUCCUCCAGAUGCAGAUACGCUUGUGGGUGUGGUAGGAGAGACGAAAGUCAGAUAUGGCGAAACGACUGUGCUGGGAGUUGACGGAUAUGAGAAAUCUGCUCUUGGAAUUCGACCUUUGGGAGUUGGAAUGGAUCCUGCAGCUCCGAGACGGGCUAGAACGAGUUAUGUUUGA